AUGUCUCAGCAUUUCAUUGGCAGUGGUGGUCCUGCUCCUGAUUGGAGUAAUGAAGAUUACCCUCUUGAGCACAUCAAGAUCCUUGCUGCUGCAGCAAAAAGAGCUGUACAAGAGCUCUGGCCUUUUUCCAUCAAAGAGAGGACUGUGUGGGCAAAGAAUCUUGAGCUCAUCACUGCUUUCUGGGAUGCCAUCCACACCCUUGCCCAGGAGCAUCAAGAUCAGUUUGCAUCCCUCUCUCCUGCCCACAUCAAGUACAUGGGGUUAGACCUCCAGUGGCUCUGGUUGAGCUGCCAAGAAGGCAAGGUGAAAACUAAGAAAUUAGCCUUACAUGGUGUUCAACCUGCUGCACCUCUGGAGAUCCUGGAGGAGAAGAACACAGUCCAAUUGAUCCCCCUGCUCCCCCGGCCUCACCUCCCCCAUAUGACUUCUCCCUCUGCAGAUGAAACAGAGGGGGAGGACCAAGUUUUGGAAUCAGAUUCGGAGGUCAGGGUGGAGGACAAGAAGUCUUGGCAGGAUGCAGUGCACAGAUGCUUUGUCCACCACAAUGACAUGGCUGAGGAGGGCAUCAUUGCCUCCAAGAACUAUGCCCUCCCAUCUGCAGACAUGCAUGUCCCUCUGGAUCCCAAGAGGAGGAGUGAAUAG